AUGUCUCGCGCUACUGCCGAGAAGGUCUUCAAGGAAAUUAUGUCAUUGAGGCCUCCGGUACAUUGGGUCUCUCAUGCCAGAUGGGUUACCGAUGGAAACAUAUGGACUUCAUCCGGAGUGAGCGCGGGCAUUGAUGCCACCCUGGCUUGGAUUGAGGAGGUGUAUGGAAAAGAGAAAGCGCAAGACAUUGCAAAUGAGAUAGAGUAUUCUCGGCAUGAGAAUGCAAGUCGUGAUCCAUUUGCCGGUUUGCAUGGAGUUUGA